UGUUUGAAUCGGUGGGAGAGAGAGCUGGGCAGAGACGGGGGCGAGUACAUCAAAGACGAUGGCCUGCGAUGUCGCCGCCGAUGAGCCACCCGACAUCCUCACCGUACUGGAGCUUCGCGCGCUCGACAAGGCCCCCGCCGUCUGCCCCGUCCAGGAGCCCCGCACGCCCGACAAGGCCCCCGUCGUCUGCAUCGUCCGGGAGCUCCGCGCGGGCGACGCGCCGUCCGCCAUGGGCAGGGCCCCCGAUCUCUGCGCCGACGACACAGAGCACGCGGCACACGAUCGAGUGAUGGAACUCUAUCCUACGCGCAUGGCAGUGAUGGAACAUAGCGUACUUUCACCCUUUUUUCCAGAUCGAGAUGGUGGAGGCAGCCAGUGUCGUGGCCGAGCGCUGGGGAGCUUGUCGGUGUUUUGAUGGAGAAGGUCGGCCGCCUCCUCUCCCCACCAAGUCUCUUUGGCCCAUAGAUCGAGUUCAUGGUUGAUAAGGAAGGUGUGGUCGAUUUCACCAGGCUGGGUCCGAAGGUCCCGAAGUCCUAUGGCAUGAACUGGCCACGGCGCAUCCGGCUGGAUGCACUUGCUCAACACCUUUCCAUCUCUGUACAAUCAGGUAGAUAUUUUCUCACGUCCCAAAUAUUAUUUUUAGGUUGCCAAAUAGUAGUCUAGGAACUAUAGAAAGUGGAUUGCUGAGUUUGCCAAGCAUAAUAGCACACCUAUUAUCAGAUGACCUGAAGAGUAUAUCAAGCAAAGAUGCUUUCAGAUUUAUGCAUGCCUAUAUUAGGUUCCUACUUGUGUGAAGAUAACACUUUGCAUCAGGCUUGUGAGCAACCGUAAGUUGUUUUGCAUGUGAUACUACUUGUGUGAUUAUUUUUACCUUCGGAAAAUUUCCUUCUUAUUAUAUAUCAUAUGGAAUUCUUCAACCAGAGGAGAGCAACUCAAUGAGUUUGCAUACAUUCAGCCAUCUAUGUUGAUGCAACUCAACUAACAAAGAGUAUUUAAGAAAAGACUGCAGUUUGUAAAGCCAGUGGACAAAUUAGUUCUGCACAGUCCGGCAUUAGCGGCGUGCAUGCAGUAAUUCAUCAAUGUUGGGGGUCAGUGCUA